AGAAGUGGCUCAAGCAUCGCUUUGAAAACUUGCUUGUCCCCACGCGGGCAUCCCGAGGGCAGACGCCGACGAGAUCCACGAUGGACCCCCAAACACGGUGACCGGCUACGUUGCGCUUUCUCGCGCGGACCGGGAGGCGUUCGAGAGGUCUGGCACGCUGCGCCCCGGCAUCUUCACCUUCCCCGGGGUCUGGGGCAAGUACGUCCCUCUGGACGCCACGGUGCGGGAGGCCCUCGACAGCGCGCUCCUCCAGAACAUAGCCCCGUGCUUCGACGCGGCAACUGGCGAUACCAAGUGGAGCGUGCUGAAGUUGAGCUUCGUUGGUGAUGCCAUCGCCCGCAUGUUCCAGAGUGGUCAACUUCACUUCAGCGCUGGGCGUCACAAAAUGGAGCUCUGGUCUCCGGUCGAGGCCGAGUGGCUCUCCAGCGAGGCUCCAGAGUGCCCCCGCGCAGAGCUCACGGAGCUGUCCCUGUCGCGGAUGAGCUUCGACGAUUGGGGCGACCGCGUGCUGUCCGCCGCAGAAGGGCUGCAGAAGUGGACGUGGCGCGCCACGUGCCAGCAGUGCAGGCAGGAGGGGCGCUUCGUCUGGCGGGCCCCGCGGGGCCGCCGCGGGGGCGGGAGCACCUACUACUGCGCGGAGUGCUGGCACGGCCACUGCGGCAGCGCCCACUGGGUGUGCGAGAGCCUCCACGAGAUGAAGGAGUGGGACGAGUGGAUGAGGACUCCGACGAGCCCAGAGCUCGUCGAGGAGGCCGACGCCGAGGAGGCCGACGCCGAGCUCGUCGAGAUGACUCGGUCUCCGGAUCCGGAGCUCGUCGAGGAGGCCGAAGCCGAGCCCGCGUCGUCCGAGCAGUCCUGGUUCGCGCUCGCGCCCGAGUGAGGGGCUCGGGGGGCUCCCCCCCCCGAGUGACGAGGCAGGGCAUGGGAGGGUGAGGGAUGGUGUGUCCACACCUCUGGGGUCGACGCUGUGAGCCUACGCCCACGAGUCUGGCGGGAUAAGUUGUAGGCAUCCGCGCGUGAGCACCAUGCUCGAGCAGACAUUCACCCAUCCGACCACAGCUCGUUGACAGAUCUGACCUCAGCAGUGAGUUCGAGUAUUCAGUGGAUUUUUGUUCGCGAAUCGCUAGUGGCGCAGCGACGCGCGGAACAUGCUCAGGUAGAUUCACUGACGGUAGAG